AAAACAUCUCUUCAUCAUUUCCCCCUGCGAACCUUUUCCCAUCCCUAACCCUCUACCCCAUCUUAAUGGUAUGGUUUAUGAGCAUCAAGACUUCAGCCAUGGAGUCUACAGAAUAUUAGCACAGCUUUUGCAGCCCCAUUUCCCCCCAGUAAUUUCUUUUUACCUCUUCAUGGAUCAUUCCCUUCUGAUUUAAGAGGAAAGAAGAAGAAGAAGAAUUGAGAUUUAGUAAAGGGAAAGCAGCAGAAGAUCAAGAAAAGGUUUCAUGGCGGCAGAGACUACGGAUAUAACUUCUUCUCCGACCCGAAACCCGGCAAAGCCCAUUUCAUCAUUCUUGGGUUCUCCGACCCGAAUUCUGAACGGGUUUCUGGGUCGAACGACUUCCCAAUCAGCUAUGGAUCACAGCACGAGCAUGAGCAUGAGCCCCACCUCAACCCUUGACGCCAAGCAAUUCCUCAAUAUUGGUCACCAUAUCGGGUACGAGAAAACCCCAAACCUGACCCAAAAAUCGAGCCCGACUCGAAACCAUAACCCGGUUUGCACCGAAAAGAGACCCGACUCAUUAGGAGUGAGUCUCGCUCUCAUUGAGGACUCACGCCGUGGUCAGGUGCUGUUUGGGUCAAAACUCAAGAUCCAAAUCCCCUCUCUGAUUUCUCCGGUGGAGUCGCCGGUGGGGUCUCCUGGGGAUUUCGGAACCAAGACUCCCCGGAAUCUGCCCCCAUUGUUGAGCUCUGUCGUUCAGGCCGGAGAAUGCCCUUCUUCUCCGGAGGGGCUAUCACUGAGUGAAAUGGAACUGUCAGAGGACUACACAUGUGUGAUUACCCAUGGACCCAAUCCAAAAACAACUCGCAUAUUUGGCAAUUGCGUUGUUGAAGAAAGCUGCUGCGAAGUGAUGAAGGGGAACUGUUCUUCGCUAUCGAGUUGCCAGAACUGUAGCAUCAACCAUGGAGAUGAGCAGAGUAUCUACAACUACAGGUCGGUGAUAGCUAUCUUUGUUGCGUCCACUUAUGAUCGUUGAGCGACAGGGGUAGGUGACGGCCUCCAGGCGGCGAUGGCGGAUUCCUGGCCAGCUAAUCGCGGAUGUUAAUUCGAGGCCAGCUGAACUCCAGGUUUUGGGUGUCGCUUCCCGUCUGGUUGGAUUGUUUUCAGAAUUUGAGGACUCCGUGGCUACCCUGGCUCCUAAGGAGUGAUGUCCCUAGCGGCCAAGGUUCCGAUGACGAGAGAUCUCCACUGAAUUCGGUGACCACCUACCGAGAGGCGAACAACCAUGAUGAAGACCGUGCCAAAUUCAGAUUCCAGGAGUGUUCCUUGAGAUUCCCAGCAACUCCCAUGAACAAUGUCCAUCAACCUUGUAAUUUACUUUAUUUUUGAAUAGUUUGCUGCGUGGCAGAUGUAACCUUUAAUUCAACAUUAAAUCUUGAAACAUACGUUUCUUUUUCUAUACUUUGCUUUCUUUCGUUUUUCUUUCCUCGACUUCCUGCAUGCGUGUGUGCAUCCUGCCCUAGGCGGCCAGGCGGCUGGGUGUCCCCCGGGUUGGAUGGCACCGUCACCUCCCUGGAAGCAGGCGGCCGAGCGGCCGGACGGCAAAGCGGCUGGGCGGCAAAGCGGCCAGGCGGCCAGGCGGCCAGAUGGUCGGGCGGCAACGUGGCCAGGCAGCAAAGCGGCCGGGCGGCCAAGCAGUCAGACGUUCGGGCGGCAAAUCGGCCAGGCGACCUGGCGGUCAGGCGACCAGGCUGAAGUCUCUAUUCCUUGGGGUUUCGCGUUGUCCGGCGAUCGCCCUGAUGCUCUUCUUCCUCUGGGUGGCAGGGUUGUUGCCGCCAAAAUUUUCUUGGCAGUGACAGAGAUCACGCAAGCGCAGGGGUCCUGCGCCACCGUCCAGGAUGACGGCACUUGGGCGGACGGCAUCCGAGAUCGGCAGUGUAACUUCCAAGCUGGCAACCACCCGGGCGGUGGUGGGUCCAAGGUCAGAGUGCUGCUCCUCGGUGGUAGGAAGUAGGUGGACGAUCCAAACUCUUUGGAUGACACCUUCAUCCCCGCAUGGUUGAAGUCGUUGAGACCUUUGAGGUUGAUAUCGACUGUCCUAGUGCAACUGCAUGUAUCCUUCGCCCCCACAGGAAACCGGUCAAUUCAAGCCGAUUGGGACCUUCAGAAAACAAUAAGUGCAGCCGACAUGUGUGGAUAACAUGCUGGAUUCCAUGCCUCACAGAGGUCCCCAAACGUGUGAAGAAUCAUGAGGACGAGAGAGCCCCACGGCGGAUAGCCUACCUUCCGGUUUGAACUUUGAAACAGGUAAGGCGGCAGGCGCCCAAUUGCGGAAAUGGCAGUCAAGGCUUUCCCUCAGAAGUGCUCAGCAAUGCAAGUUGACUGCGACAUGGUACUUGGGCGUCAGUCGCAAGUUGACGGUGGCGCAGUGCCUAGGCGACGACCAAGAGUAGACCAUCCAUGUUAAUGACUAAGUUGACUUUCAGAUAUUUGUAUUUGAUGGCGAUGGGUUCGCCCGGCCAUGACCAUGUACAUUUUUUGCUUGUAGCAUGAAGUUGACUGAUGU